AGCCAUUUUGGCCCAGACCGCAGUCGAUCAGACUGCACUUCGCCGCCCAGGAAGCCAGGCCUCUCCAUAGAGAGCCAACAGAAGGGCAUGAGCAUAGACUUUGGGAGCCUCUCCGCCACCAGCACUUCGCACGCCAUGGCCGGCUGCCCCCGCACCCUGCCGGCCCCCGUGCCCGCGGGCAGCGCGGUACUCACCCGCAGGGAGGUGCUGGCCGUGGCGCGCCCGAGCCGGGGCGCCCCGGCCGCCGGCCGCUUUGCCGCGCUGGCCCCGCCGAGGCCCCGCGAGGACGCCGAGGCCGCGGGCGAGUACGCCGUGGACGACAUGGUUAAGCAGAUGCUGUCACGGGAGUCGCAGUUCACACCGAAGUGGGGUUUCAUGCGUCUGCAGCCGUACAUCACCCCAGAGCAUCGCGCCGCGCUGGUCGAGAGGUUCUCCAGCCUGCGCGAGCACUUCGGGCUCCGUCGGGAAACGGUCUUCUUGUCCGUUAACGUCCUCGACCGCUACCUCUCUUUGGUCGAGGUUCGCCAGAGGCACCUGGAGCUUGUGGGCAUGGCCGCCUUCCUGAUCGCGGCCAAGUUCGAGGAGAUCAAGCCCCCCGACGUAAAAGACCUCCUUCAGAACUUCGCGAGCGACUGCAACAAGCAGCAGGUGGUCAAGAAAGAGCUCGAGAUCCUGACCAGGCUUCGCUUCGAGAUCGCGAGCCCCACGCCGCUCCACCUCCUGGUGCACCUCUCCGCCGCAGCCGGCCCCGCGAGUGGACGGCCCGCCGUGGCGGGGGAGCAGCACAGGACCUGGCGCGGGCAGAUCGGCGCAGGGAUGCGGCGACCAAGAUCCUGGAGGCCGCCAUGCUACAGUACACGCUGGCCUGGCACACGCCCUCCCAGCUCGCGUCGGCGGCGCUGCUGCUCGGCAACGAGCUCUGCGGGCUGCAGCCCUGGCCGGAGAGCCUGGCGCGCCUGACCGGCCACUCCCAGAGCGUGCUGGAUCCGCUGGCGAACGAGCUGCACUCCGUCAGUGUGGCCAGGGAUGAGGCAGCACGGCGGCCUUAGUCGCUCUCCUGCUCUCGCCCUGAUUCGCCCGCUCCCGCCGCCGCUGGAGGUCCUGGGCUGCCCUGGGGCGCUGGGGGCAAGAAGACCGCACUGCCCCUGCCAGGCUGGGCCAGAAGCUCGUCGGGCGUUCCCGCUACAAGUGCGCGUGCCAAGCACCGCUAAUGUUCACAUCUCCCAAGGCGGCUCCACGGAAGGUGGCUCUGCGGUGGCUGUUUCGCCGACGCCGAGACGUCGCUGAGGUGCUAUACGAAUAGGUAGGUUUUCGGGGCUGCGAGAGCCGGGAGCCAGCAGGAGAGCACCGCCUCCUCCUCGUACUCCUCGUCCUCCUGCGCGCUCUCUCCGCUGGCCAUUCCCUGUGUCUCUCUCUCUCUCUCUGCUCGGCGCGCAGCGGUGCGCAGUCGAGGCUUCGGCAGCCAUGAUUUAGGCCAUGAUCUCUCGUGGGGGGCUCCCAGAGCUGCCGUUGCCUUUCUCCUCCUCCUCCUCCUCCUCCUACGCUCCAACCUCCUCCUCCUCCUCCUCCUCCCCCCCGCUCUCUGCCACCAUGCCCUGCUCAUGCCAGGGCGCAAGGUAAACGUGCCAGAGAAUUCGGACCGCCUCAGGCGCAGGAGGCGCGGGCGCGGCGCGGCGCAGGGCGAUCGGCCCAGCCGCGCGGCCCAGAACGCUUGCCGCACGGCUGCGCCGCCUACGUGCGAGGGGGCGCUGCGGGCGGCGUCGGGGAGGCCGAGGCCCUUUCGGGUCUCAGCCCUUUCGGAGGGACCCUGUGCCGUGCAUGGGUUUUUUCGUUCGGCUGGGCCGCUUGGCGCCUCGGUCGCUCGCGCACCAGAUGCGGGCUGCUGCCAGCACCUGGCUCUCAAUUAUCGAGGACACCUGCGGCGAACCACCGCCGCCGCCUGCCUUUUGGAAACGCCCGUGGUGUGGCGAAUCGUGUGGGCAGAGCUUGGCGGAGUUGUCGGACUGUGUGUUCCCC